AGUCCAGACUAACAGAUUCAGCUGAAUUUAAAAUAUGAAAAGAGGACGGUGGUUUAGUUUUAUAGCUGGUAGUUAAAGUAACCAGAAGCUUUUUAAAACUUCUCCAACAUGUACGCUUUGAUCCUGAGCGACAGCACGAAGAGCCAAUCAGGGAGCGACUUGUUGGGACACACGUAAAGGUGAGUGAGUGUCGCUGCAGCUUCAGUCUGUAGACUACCUGUUUGUUCCCUCAGACUGGCGGAGCAGCUGCGGAAACACCUGGAAACUUCCCCGCAGGGCUGAUCGGGUUCUCCAGCGCAGUGAUGCCGGGCAGGCCGCCGGCCGCUCGGCCGCAAUGAGGUCCUGAUUCCUGGCCGCCUACAGCCGCAGGGAGCCGCGGGGAGCCGGGCGAGAGGCCGGGAGGAAGCCGCUCUGGUGGAUGGGUCUGUGGAGGAGCUCGGAUGGGAUGCACGGUGAGCUUCAUCUGCUGCGAAGAGGACUUUCUGCAGAUGCCCCUUUACCAGCAUGAGGACGAGAAGAAGAAGGAGCCAGAAGAGUUGGAGGCGCUCCACUCUCACACGUUCCGGGUGAAAACGUUCAAGAAGACGAAGCACUGCGGCGUCUGCAGACAGAACAUCGCGCAGGACGGACUCGUCUGCAGAGUUUGCCGAACGGCGUGCCACAAGAAAUGUGAAGCCAAGGUGUCUUCUUCUUGUGUUCCAGCUGCAAACUACGAGCUGGCUCCGAGCAGCAGCCUCGCUCUCAAGCAUGUAGACACCAUGGUGAGUCCAGUCACUGACUCUGUGUUCAUGCUGUCAUCCAAUCUUUACUUGGAUUAG